AAUUCACAUCAUUUGAGCUAAUGAGCUUUCUAUUUUGAAUCAUGAGUCCCACGCUAUCGAUUUGCCUUUACUUGUAAAACCCCCUUCAAUUACCAGCUGCUUUUCUCACUUUCCCCACAUCCCGGAAACAUAGAGGAAAUAACGAUUUAACGAGUGCGGUUUGGUUUAUCCUCUGCAUUUUCCCAACUAUCCAGUACUGGACUUUCCAAGCAACUAUCUAAUUAGUCAUGGAUCCAAAGUCGGAGAUUCAUCCAACCGAACACAGGGAGGGUGCCUUAAGUGAAGUUUGUUAUGGCAAUAUUUCUGGAAGAGUAGAAGUUUCUAAUGGUCUUGCUGAAGGGAAUGGGCAUUUCUGGGACCUACCAGCUUUCAAGAUUCCAGAAUUGAAAUUGGGUGAUUUGGAGAAGGUCUCCACACACUCACUUUUCACUAUUGUCAAAAAGAUAUUGGAUGACAGAAUUGAGAAAAAGGAUGAGGACAUUCCUCAGCGUGUCGCAUCUGUGCUGAAACUAGUUGUGCAAGAAAUUGAGCAGCGGGUUUUGAAACAAGCAGACAACACGAGGAAGCAAAGCCGUCUGCACAAGUCUCGUGAAGACAGGUAUUGCUCCAAAAUUAAAGUAUUGGAAACACUUGCAACUGGAACUAGUGAAGAAAACGAGGUUGUUGUGACCCAGCUUCAACAGAUGAAGAUUGAGAAGGCCAAAAUUGAGGAGAAUAAGAAGCAUGAAGAGCAAGAAUUAAUUAAGCUGAGGAAAGAAAGGGGUGUCUGUGAGAGUCAAAUUUUGUCACUAAACGAAAAACUCACAUUAGCCCAAAUCUCAUAUGAAGAGAAUAUCUUACAAUUGAAGUCUAAGGCUGAGGAAUCCAAAGAUAAGCUGGAGAAGAAAAUAUUGAAUAUUGAGAGUCUUCUUACUGACUCAAGGAAGAAAGUAAAAGAGCUUGAGGACUCUUCAGAAUCAAAACUUAUGCGAUGGAAAAGAAAAGAACAGAGAUACAGGCAGUUCAUAGAUUCUAAAGUUGUAUCGGUGCAGGAAUUAAGGUUGGCAUCUGACUCCAUAAAGCAAGAAUUCUCGAAGAUAAAAAAUGUCUAUGCUGAAGAAUUUUAUAACUUUGGAUUAAAUCUCAAAGGCUUGGUAGAAGCUGCUGAAAAUUAUCAUAGUGUGCUUGAUGAAAAUCGGAAAUUGUAUAAUGAGGUUCAAGAUUUGAAAGGAAACAUUAGAGUUUAUUGUCGUGUAAGACCGUUCCUCUCUGGACAAAGUGCAAAACAAACAACCAUGCAAUACCUUGGUGAGAAUGGAGAAUUAGUUGUUAUGAACCCCUCAAAACCUGGAAAAGAAAGUCAUCGUCUAUUCAAAUUCAACAAGGUGUUUGGUCCUGCAUCCACUCAAGAGGAGGUAUUUCACGAUACUCAACCACUAAUCAGGUCUGUCCUUGAUGGGUACAAUGUUUGCAUCUUUGCUUAUGGCCAAACUGGUUCUGGGAAAACUUAUACAAUGACUGGACCUAAUUUGACAUCAGUUGCGGAUUGGGGAGUCAACUAUAGGGCUCUGAAUGAUCUUUUCAAUAUCUCUCAGAGAAGACAUAGCUCCAUUGCUUAUGAGAUUGCUGUCCAAAUGGUAGAAAUUUAUAAUGAGCAAGUGCGUGACUUACUCUGCAAUGACAGCUUUCAAAAGAGACUUGGAAUAUGGAACAUUUCCCAACCAAAUGGGUUAGCUGUGCCCGAUGCUAGCUUGCAUCCUGUAAAAUCAACUGAUGAUGUAUUAGAACUGAUGAGUGUUGGAUUAAUGAAUCGGGCGGUAGGUGCUACUGCUUUAAAUGAAAGAAGCAGCCGAUCUCACAGCAUACUCACUGUUCAUGUCCGAGGGACAGAUUUGGAGACCAAUGCUGUUCUACGUGGUUGUCUUCAUUUAGUUGAUCUGGCUGGCAGCGAAAGGGUUGAUCGAUCUGAAGCAACAGGCGACAGGUUGCGUGAAGCACAACACAUCAACAAGUCUCUAUCGGCCUUGGGAGAUGUGAUCUUUGCACUUGCACAAAAAAAUUCUCAUGUACCAUACAGGAAUAGCAAAUUAACUCAAGUUCUACAAAGUUCUUUAGGUGGCCAAGCAAAGACUCUUAUGUUUGUUCAACUUAAUCCUGAUGUAGAGUCCUACUCAGAGACUAUAAGUACACUGAAGUUUGCUGAGAGAGUUUCUGGUGUUGAAUUGGGUGCUGCUCAAAGUAAUAAGGAGAGCAGGGGUGUCAGAGAACUUAUGGAACAGGUAACUUCUCUAAAGAAUGCUGUUGCAAAGAAGGAUGAAGAAAUAGGGCGGUUACGGUCACUCAAAGCUAGUGGAGAUGGUGAAAGAGGUAGUUUGAACUCAGCAAGGUGUGGCUCUGCCUCUCCAAGAAGACACUCUGCAGGAGCACGGCCAAGCCCAAAAGUUUCACAAGGGAAAAGUUCUUCCGAGAAGGUUGCUACAGAUGAGGAAAAUAACUCCGAGUAUAGUGAUAAGCAUUCAGAGGCUGGUUCUCAGCAAUCAGUUGAUGAAUUUAAGCACCACAAAGAAUUCUUUCAACAAUCACGACUCUCUGUUCUAGAUGCUGACAGAUUUCCGGACGACACUAGUUUAAAUAUUGAUGCAGUGGAUGGAGAAAAGAAUCCCAACGAUGAUAUAGAGAUUCUGGGGUUAGGAGAGGAUGACUCUGAAGAGAGACUUAGUGACAUAUCAGAUGGGGUUCUUUCUAUGGGAACCGAAACUGAGGGUUCAAUUAACAGUAUAGUUGAGUACACCCUUUUCCCCGAUAAAUCAAAGCUAUCUAGAGAGACAGCUGAAAAAUCAUGUGUGCCUGGUAAACAUCUGAAACCACCAACGAAGCAGGCUCAAGCAGGAUCUGCUCGAUUGUCUCAGAGCAAGAGCGCCUCCAAAAUUCCAAGCUACAGAAGAGCCACCACGGCUGCAACGGGUGGCAGUUCUUCAGCUAUGAAACCUUCCAAGAAAUGGCAUUAAGAUAUUGAUGAUGAAUUAGGUGUAAGAUUAGAAUUGUUGUAUUGGAAGAGUUCGUUUAGAGCCUUUUUAUGCUGUAAAAUAUGUAGGAGUUAGGUCAGUGCUGCAAAUCAUUCUAGAAUGAGGAUGUCAAAUGGAAUUUGGUGGUGCUCUUUUUUGAAGCCAACCAAAUUUAAUCAAGUAUUGAUGCAUGUUUGGUAUUUAUUUAAAACAAAUUCAGAGCCUGCCC